AUGGCUUCGCCAGUGCUGGGCAGAUUCAUUGAUGUACAAGGGCUAGCGUAUCGCAGUGGGUCAUUUGAAGGCGUCACCAAUGCUCGCGGCGAUUUUCAGUAUUACGAGGGUGAUGAUGUAUCCUUUAAAAUAGGAAAUGUGCUGCUCGGAACGACAAGAGGCAAACGCAUGAUCACCGUUCUUGAUCUUGUUAGUUCCGAUGCUUCUAUCGAUGACCCGAGCUUACUCAACCGAGCGAGACUACUUUUCAGUCUCACUAAUGGCCAAGGGUUUGAAAAGCCUAUUGUGAUAGAUGAUCAGGUCGAAAGGAUCGUAUCCAAGUACGCAUCCUCCAUGAAUUUGGAUGACCAUAACACUUCAGCGCUGGAUAUAGUCCUGUCACAGGUUGGGGACGCUCUGAAGAUCGCUCCAAAAUCAAUUCCACAUGUCCGCAACCACCUGCGACGGGCCAAGAGUGGUUUCAAGGUCCUUCGCGACCUUCGAAUUCCCGUCCGAGACGGAAGUUUUGUCCUUGGAGAUGUAUACUUGCCCCUGGGAGACGAAGUUGGAAGGUUUCCAGUACUAGUCAGCAGCACAAUAUAUGGCAAGAGAAUAGUAUACUCUGGUCCAAAUACCGACGACCCUGACGAUGUUGCGGCAUUCGAGAGGUCGGAGGAUCUUUGGCACACAACCCCGGCACAUGUUCCACUGAAUGUUCCCAAUACCGGCCCCUGGUUUGGAAAGUGGGCACAGCAACGACGAUACGAGACUAUUGGCACAUUCAAUACGUUUCGUUGGGUUCCUAAUGGAUACGCCAUGGUCAAGAUUGAUCCUCGGGGUAUAUCCCAGACCCCUGGAACGAGAGGAAUACUACACCAGGAAUCAAACGAUCUUUUUGACGCUGUUGAAUGGGCUGCAGAACAGCCAUGGUCGACGGGGAAUGUUGCCUUAGCGGGAAACUCUUACGGUGCAAACUGUCAAUGGGAAGUGGUCAAACAACAGCCUCGGGGUCUCAAGGCAUUCAUUCCGUACGCAACUGAUAUAGACAACUAUCGGGAAGUGUCAUAUAUUGGCGGUAUCCCAGUACUCAACUAUCUUUCCCAAUGGUUCGGCGGGGUUCGAGCUGCAUCUCCACGAUGGAAAGACACCGGAAAUCUGAUUGAAAAAUACGAGUCUCACCCGUUUUACGAUUCAUACUGGGAUGAACAGUCAACGGCGCGUGAUCCAAGAAGUAUCACAAUUCCUGUCUUUCUAGCUGCUUCCCAAGUUGCUCUUGUACAUACCCGUGGAAGCUAUGAGGCGUUCAGAUGCAUAUCGUGCAAGGAUACAUAUCUCCAAGUUGUGGACGGGAACUACUAUGGCUGGCCCAACACUCAGGUGUUUGACAAGCUUCUUCUCUUUGCUGAUCGCCAUUUGAAAAAUAUCGAACAUCAAAGUUUGGAACGGGUCGGAAUGCAGAUGCGCACCGGCGAGGGCCGCUGGUACUGGCGAACGGAGGAAGACUGGCCCGUUCCUGGAACUAAAUAUGUUAAAUUUCACCUUGCGGCCGAUGGGAGUCUCCAAAAUUUCAAAACGUCAGGCGCAGGAAAAGAAUUCUCGUAUUCCGCAGAAACGGAGCCCAAGGAGGGUCCGGCAGGCGUCAGUUUUGUCUCGGACGCGUUUAAAGAGGAUAUAGAGCUUGCUGGCCACUUUUCGGUUACCCUGAAUGUAUCAUCAACCUCACAUGAUGCCGACGUGGUUAUUCUUUUGUGGGCCAUGGAUGAAUCGGGAAAUAUCGUGAGGUUUUGCGUUGACCCACGGGCCCAACCUCUUGCCAAUGGGUUCUUAAGGGCAAGUCAUCGAAAAAUGGAUAUCGAAAAAUCCCUUCCCUGGCGGCCCUGGCACACCCAUAAAGAGGCUGAUUAUGCGCCUUUGGUCCCAGGUGAGGCUGUUGAGCUCAGUGUGGAGAUUUGCCCUGCUACGGCUCUCAUUCGUCGUGGGUGGAAGCUCAGGCUAGACAUCACUCCUUCCGAAGAGCAGCCAGACGUCCCAGGAUACGAACCGCGGAAGCUCCGAUCGUGGGGAAAGGAGUUUCAUGACGGUGCAACGAACACUGUACAUGUUGGUGGCCACUACGAUUCAUUCAUUUCCAUUCCCGUGGUACCACAGAAAUACUCUGAAGAAACACCCCUUUUGUCUUAA